CUUGUCAUAAGGUGGUCUCUUGACUUGCUGAUCUAUUGCACAUCCGAAAUACUAACGUAGGACUAAAAGCCCAAUAUAACUCAUUUUAAUACGGCUAAUCUGAGCCGUUCAAUUUAGGUAUCAAAUUAGGCGCCUCACUAUUAAAACCCUAAAUUCGUACUUUGACGCCACUUCUGUCACUCGCCUCCGGAAACCCUAACUUUCCUCACUUCCCAGGUAAGCGAUGGUGAGGCAUAACAACGUUAUCCCUAAUGGACACUUCAAAAAACAUUGGCAAAAUUAUGUUAGGACAUGGUUCAACCAGCCAGCUCGCAAGACAAGGAGACGUCUUGCUAGGCAAAAGAAGGCUGUGAAAAUCUUUCCUAGGCCAACUGCUGGACCACUUCGCCCAGUUGUUCAUGGUCAAACCUUGAAGUACAACAUGAAAGUCAGGGCUGGAAGAGGGUUCUCUUUUGAAGAGCUAGCGGCAGCUGGUAUUCCUAAGAAGCUUGCUCCAACGAUUGGCAUAGCUGUAGACCAUAGACGAAGAAAUCGAUCACUUGAGGGACUUCAUACUAAUGUCCAAAGGCUGAAGACCUACAAGGCUAAGCUUGUGGUUUUCCCAAGGCAUGCACGCAAGUUCAAGGCUGGUGAUUCAACUGCAGAGGAGCUUGCAACUGCCACACAGAUCCAAGGAGAUUUCUUGCCAAUUCAGAGAGAGCAGCCAACUGUGGAGCUUGUCAAGAUUACUGAUGACAUGAAGAGUUUUAAUGCUUAUGCUAAGCUUCGUCUUGAGAGGACGAACAAACGCCACCAAGGUGCUAGACUUAAGAGGGCAGCAGAGGCCGAGAAAGAAGAAAAGAAGUGAGGAAGUCUCGAAGGAUUUGAUUUUAGUAGGAAAAUCUUAAAUCUUAUUUAAAUUUUGUCCCCAAUUUUUGAUAUUUUGCUGGAGACUACCAUACUGCAAAGACAUGAAUAGUUUGUUUGUUUGCAUAGACAAAAUGGGUAUUGUUGGAUCUUUAUUGCACUUGUUGUGAAUUCACAUGUUGCUUAAGAGUG